UUCAGCUCAGCUUCAGCUCCAGCUCCAUCUGCAACAUAAAUUUUUUCUGCCGGGCCGAAAUUUUAUCGCAGAGCUUCGAUGAAGAAUUUGGCAAGGUUAAUGUGGCGAGCCGCUAAUUAUGGGAAGAGAUCAUUAUCAUCGCAAAAAGUAGCCGGAAUCAAUGGGCUUCGAUGCUUACCCAAGCGAUUCAUCUAUUGUUAUGCUGCGGCGACGUCCAACUCCAUCUUGGAUUUCAAUUCGUUGAAAUCAUCACUUUUACCUUCGACGACCCAUUUCGCAGGACAGAGGAGGACCAUGUUUAUUCAAACACAAGCAACCCCUAAUCCAUUGUCACUGAUGUUCUUUCCUGGGAAGCCUGUCAUGGAAGGUGGCAGUGCUGAUUUUCCUAAUGCUCGUGCAGCCAUGAAUUCUCCUCUCGCAAAGGCUUUAUUUGGAAUUGAUGGGAUUACACGAGUCUUCUUCGGUUCUGACUUUGUAACUGUGACAAAGUCGGAGGAUGCUUCUUGGGAAUUUUUAAAGCCUGAAAUAUUUGCAGCAAUCAUGGACUUUUCUACGUCUGGGAAGCCACUAAUCAUGGAUUCAAAUAGUUUGGAUUCCACGGACACAGCUAUCCAUGAAGAUGAUUCAGAAACUGUAGCGAUGAUCAAAGAACUUUUGGAGACCCGUAUUCGACCAGCAGUACAAGACGAUGGUGGUGAUAUUGAGUACAGAGGAUUUGUUCCAGAAACUGGAAUAGUCAGACUAAAAAUGCAAGGUGCAUGCAGUGGUUGCCCUAGCUCAUCUGUCACUCUGAAGUCUGGCAUCGAAAACAUGCUGAUGCACUAUGUUCCAGAAGUCAAAGGUGUGGAACAGGAACUUGAUACUGAAGAUGAAGAUCCUGCACUGACUGGAGCAGCUUAUGAGUAGUUGAAGUGCUAGAAAUUAGGUUUUGUUAGGGUAAACAUAGAGUGGGCAGGCAGCAAAAGCAAAACUGGAUUAGGUAACGCACCAGAGAUGGAUCAAAGGUCCAGACAAUAGCUUUGGAAACCUAGUAGUGGAUUCGGCUUCAAUUGUGUCCUUGAAGUUUUAGCAAAUUCUUCCAUUUUUCUUGUUCCUCUAGGAGUUUGUAUUCUAAUCUGAAGUAGGGCAAACAGAUGAAGACGUCCUAGGUUGUGCAUUCA